AUGACACUCCCUUCCUCUACUGAUAUUAUUCCACUGCAUCAGUAUAACGGCUCGCCAUGUCAAUAUGGGGAAUGCACUGAAUGUGGAGAAUGGAAAUGCUUCUUUAUUAGAAAUACUCAAUCUCACGCGACCGAGAGUAUGGCAUAUUUCGAAUGGAUACCAUAUGAAAAUUUUGUCCUUAUUGAACAAAUAGCGAGUGAUUCUGCUCUAAAAAAAAUAGGUAAUUCUAGCGAAAUAAGUAGUGCCUAUUUAAAUAAUGUAUGUUAUUUGGAUGAAGAUUCCUUUCUGAUUGAUGAUCCUCAGUAA